AUGAAGAACCCCACUACCAUCGGCUUUGCGACACUAAUCGGCGCAUCUGCUUUGCGUAUUGAUUCUCGAAGCGCACAAGAAGUCAUUGCCCAGCUGAACCUGGAGCCAAACCCAGAGAAGGGCUAUUAUCGACAGACAUUCGAAGAUAGCGGGAAAAAUAACAACCGGUCUUACUCUACAGCCAUUUACUACCUGUUGGAAGGUGAAGUGGGCGCUUCGUACUGGCAUCGUGUCAUCGAUGCUGUUGAAAUAUGGCACUAUUACGCCGGCGCACCAUUGCAACUCGACCUUUCCUGGAAUAACGGAACGGUGACCGAGCACAAGCUCCCAGGAAAUGAUAUUUUCAAGAACCAGGCUCCACAGAUCAUUAUUGAGAAAGGACAGUGGCAAAGAGCUACCAGUUUAGGCAGUUGGACGCUCGUUGGGACAGUGGCACCGGGCUUCACCGAGAAAGGAUAUGAAUUACCGCCACCUGGAUUUCAGCCCAACGACGGUAGAAAAUGGUCAUGA